ACAGAGUAUAUGAGGAAGAGAAAUGACAGGUGACCAACAUGAAAGGAUUUCUUAUAAUAAACAGAAUAAACGAUCUUUUGUUCGCCGAUUGUGAUGAUGCAUUUAUACAUAAUGUAAACAGUCAAGCCAUAGAGGAAGGAUUACUACAGCCGGAGGACAGCGAUGGGAAGUUGGAUCGUAAUGUUGUGAUGCAGCUGUUUUCUCCGCUGUUCAUGUCACAAUGGUUCCUGAUUGACCACAAGAAGAAUCCCUGCCUGUCAAUCACCUGUGAAAACGACUAUGUUUUUGUCUUCAAACAGUUUGAAGAUUUGCUGUUGAUUAUGAUAAUUGGAGACAAGACGGAGAGUGAAGAGUUUAUGCACCGGAAGGCCUGUGUGUUUGUCCGACUCAUGGAGUUCCUGUUCGGGCCGGCCAUAGAGGAGUUGGGGCACAGUAAGUUUACAGACAGAAGUGACAGGUGGGCCUUUGUGAGAGGUGUGCUAUCCACCUACACACAACUUGUCAUGGAGGAGCAGUCAUUUCUUGUGGAGGCUGUAGAACGACUACAGGUGAACCAGACUGUCAAUGUUAAAUGUAUGGAGCUGUUAGAGUCGGCUAUCAACAAGAUACAGAAGUCUGGGGAAAAGGCCACACAUCAUGCUCUCCUUGUGGUCAAUAGUAAACUACUGUCUCUGUACUCUGAUCGUAAUUCAGCUGAACUUCAGGCAGCGGAUACCCUGUCUAUCAUUUUGCUAGUCCAGCAGAUGUUUCCUAACGAUGAGAAACUGGAGGAUUUCUUCGCCUUCUCCUAUCGUAAACCUGACCCUGUAAGCCCUAUGGAAGAGGUGAAGAGCCCAGCUUUGGCCCGUACCUACCCUCCACAUAGGGAGCUCUAUGAGAGUGCCCUGGAGGGGGAUGACGAGGACUCAGUGGAGGAUGCUGAUGACCAGUACCAGAGUGCCAGAGACACUCCUCCGAGACGAAGUACAAGGGAAUCCUUCUCUACAGCCGUUGGCAGUUCCUACCCACAGGUCUCUGAGAUGGGAAAGGAGUUGACUCCAACUUUAGAUUCUGACCCUAAGCUUUGGCCAACGGGAGAGCAGGGACUAAAUGUUCCGACAAUGCGGGGUAGAAGUCGUACAAGUGAAGAUGUGCACACUGGCAUGUCAUCCUGGAGAAACUUGUUUGGUGCAGGACGGGCUCGAAGUGCUAGUAUGAUGGAACACCCGUCAUCAAUGUCCCGAUCAGGUGACGGGUCAAAGUCUGACAGCAUGAAGUCCCUAGUGAAUGACACCCCACCUCCCAUACUGACCGCCCCACAGAGAACAGAGAAUGAGAGUUAUGUCCGACAGACUGUGUUCCUGUGUACAGACACUUGUACAUUCUCACCACACCAGCUCCACUGUCUACAGAUCUACCCUGGGAUGGUUUUAGUCCUCGUCAGUCAGGUACCUUUGGGAGGCCAUGCCGACAAACUAUGUCAGCUUCUGCUGCUUCUGAAGGAUCUGUUGUCAGGGCGACGAACGAGGGUGCACCGUGCACAGGGACAGGAGUUGUUCGACAUCAUCAAUUCCCUCUUAAACAAACUGAUGCCAGCUAUGAAAAAGAUCAAGGGUACCAUUGCUGUGAUUUUCAACAAAAUACGAGCAGGUUGGGACAAACCAGAGUUUAAGAAUUUGCUGCUAGAAUACCUAGAGAAUGCCUCUAAUGUUGAGAUUCCACCAAGUGUGGAGCGUGCCUUGAACUUGUUACUGAAGAGAGUAAAGGAGCUCUUCUUAUAUAUGUACCUCCUUCCUCGAGACGUUCCAUCGUCAAUCAUUGAAGCAGUGAAGGUCAUACAUGAAAAGGCUAAGGUCAAACUUCGCGACUACAAAGACUAUCUCGCCGUCAAGGCCCAGCGCAACAUUACGAUGACAACAUACCUGGACAUGUUCCCGGGUCUCGUUCACUUUAUCUACAUAGACAGGAAGACCAAUCAGGUAAUGGCACCUUCUCUCAACAUCACCACUGGCGAGGAUGGCACAGAAUCAGACGCCACCCAGCUCUUCAAGGAAAAGAUCUGGAAAAUGAUUGAAUGGGUGCAGCUGAAGCUGAAGAAUGGCAUUACCAUGGUGACCACAAAAGAUGGCGACUACCACUUCUCCUAUUUCCUGUGGUUUGAAGACUGUAAUGGUGCACAGAUGCCAGUCCAGCGCCAGUACCAAGCUUCUCUGGCCCAGUCUCCUCCUGGGAUCCUGUCGGGGAAUUUCUACCGCAACUUGACCCGGGAGUCCUUCCCCAACGCGGUACCAGGGUCCAUCAACUGUUACGAGCUCAUGAUGAUGCACAUAGGUCUGGUUCAUUCCCGGUACAUCGUGGAACACUGUCAGAAACUUACACGUAUGAUGUGGGAAAUAUCGGGGGACCCAUACUCCCCCAUGAGUCUGGUGUGGUAAUGUAUGAUCAGUCUGGUUAACCACUGUCAGGAAUUUACUUCGAUGUGCAAGAUAUAUGGUAACACAAACUCCCCCACGAGUUUGGUUUUAUUGCUGUUACUCUUCACACCUGAACUUGGAAACAUCUGGCGACACAUCCUGUCCCACGAGUGUGGUGUGGUAUGAUUAUUUGGUAGUCUGGCCUGGUGUGGUAUGUUAGUUCAUUUUGGCGGACAUCCGUCAGUAACUUGCGUGUAUGAUGUACGAGAUAUCCGGGGAUCAUCAGAUUGUUUUUUUUUUUUUUAGUAACUGUCAAAGUGUGCAAGAUAUUGGGAAAUUGAUACUCUGGCCAUGAGUUGGGUGUGGCGAUUGUAUGACUAUUGUCGGUAAUAUGCAUGAAUACUUUCCCAUAAGUUUGGUAUAGUGAAUGCAUGGUCCUUUUGGUGAACCAAUGUCCGAGUAACAUACACAUACAUGUAUGAUGUACAAGGUAUUGGGAAAUGAUACCCUCUCACUUGAGUUCGGCGACAUAUAAUCUCGCAAGUUUUUGUGGAAGAUAUUUUAAUCACUGCAAGUUAUAAAUCAAAUGUGCAAUAGAAAUGUUAAUCGAAGGCAAACUAGGAAGUGGGUGCCAUGUGUGUGCAGUUUAAACUUUAUCUUCACAGUUAAGUUAAACUUCUAGGAAAUAAGGAUUGCUCACAUCCUGUUAAAAUUUCGUUAAUGAUAAUUUUCUGAAGCUGUAUUCAUGCAUCAGUGUAUCUGCCAAUUCCACACAACAGUAACCUUUUUUCACAUUAAAAUACACUAACAGUACUGUAUACUACCUAACAGUACUAUAUACUACAUUACAAUACUAUAUA